AGGAAGUUUACAAGCAAAACCAAAACUUCUAUUCAAGGCUUACAAUACUUGGUGGCGACAAAAAAUCAGCCAAAGAACUUGGCGACACACUAAUUAAUUGGAUAGAUGAAAUGGAAGGACCGUACACAAAAUAUUGUCUAAAAUUUCAACAAGGUGUUGACAGUUUACCAGAGGUUGAAAGAAACAUAGCAUUACAACAAGCACUUAGCGACAUCUCGGCAGAAAUGAAUAUUCCGGUUUCAUUAGAUUUCUUCAUCGAUAUGCCGAUGAAAAGAAUUCAUUAUUACAAAAAAUUGUAUUCACGCAUGCUUAAUAUCACUGAACCCGGACGUUCAGAUAAUAGCGUAUUAUCAACCGUGAAUAAUCGGAUUGACGCGUUGAUCGAUCUGGAGAAGCAAGCAAGAUCAUCAAUUCCAAGUGAGGAGACUCGAGUGUUAACGGAUAUAUCUGCGCGGAAUUCUUCACCGUUAAAAACCUCGAUGGCUAGCACAUCCAUCCCUCGAAAUAAUCAACAAUUGGAAUUGGAAUCACUCGGGGACUAUGAAAAUAUUUCACCGGAGGCGAAGAAGGAACCACGCUCAGUGACGGAUAUGAUUAUUUCUAAAAUCUUUGAUGAAACUGAUCAAUAUCAAAGCCACAACACGAAACAAGAAAGUCGACGUGAUCAAAAUAAUUCUAUAAAAUAUCCGGAUGCUGAUGCAUUCACAAAAGGUUGGACUUUAUCAGAACUGGAAAAAUGCAUCGACUAUUCUCGAGUGAUGGAUUUGAUUUCUAAGCAGGUUAAGAAAAUGAGCGUCUCUUUGCUGCCACCAAAUUUACCAUUCGAUCGAAAGAUAGUUUUAUAUUCUGAUUUUGUGAUGGAGGUUCCGAAAAUUCAAGAGACCGAAAGCAAUGGCAGAGCUUAUAUCAACGCACAUGUGUUCCUGUUAACCGAUCUUCUAUUGAUUUGCCAGAAAAUUGAACCAGAGGCAAAACGAGAAAAUUCUGAUCUCGAAUUCUACUUGUUGUACCCACCGUUGAGUGGGAGACAUUUGACAAUUACUGAUAUUAGCAGAGAAGGAGAAAUGGUGGAGAUAACUCUCUUGAAUAGGGAGAGCUUGAUAUUAUUCCCGACUGAUGCAGAGACCAAGCUUAUUUGGUUGAAAGAAUUGUCAAAAAUCAUAGAGUUUGCUAAUAAUCCAAGAAGAACUAUUAGUAUUUUUGUCAGGAAUUCUCAACUUUCGCGAAAAAACUCAAGUUCAGGAACCCUUUCAAGGAAAUCUUCAUUUAAAGAAUCUGGAAGUGAUGAACAUUCGCUAUCCACGAACGAUCACACCGUCGCGAGUGUUAACCACAAUAUCCUGACUAACGCAAAUCCAAUAUCACCUCCCACUGAAUUUAAUCCAAUACAUGAUCGUACAAUUAUUGAAGCUCAAACUCCUCUACCAUCAAAUGAGCAUAAUUUAUUAUAUGAUGACUCUAAAGGUUCCAGAGAAACAUCAACACCUCCAUUAUCAGCGCUCAAUCGUAAAUCGUCACGUGGCAAUAACAAAGAUCCUAUGGAAACGCCAGCACCUUCAGCGUCUAAUCGUAAAAAAUCAUAUAGCAAUCUUAAAAGCUCUAGGGAGAUAUCAACCCCUCCACUGCCCAAAAUCGAAUUGCCAGCACUCAAUCGCAAGUCAUCAUAUAACAAUAUUAAGAGUUCUAGGGAGAUAUCAACCCCUCCACUGCCCAAAACCGAAUUGCCAGCACUCAAUCGCAAGUCAUCAUAUAACAAUAUUAAGAGUUCUAGGGAGACAUCAACCCCUCCACUGCCCAAAACCGAAUUGCCAGCACUCAAUCGCAAGCCAUCAAAUAGCAAUAUUAAGAGUUCUAGGGAGACAUCAACCCCUCCACUGCCCAAAACCGAAUUGCCAGCACUCAAUCGCAA